AUGACGACCUCCAGCAGCAUUGCCCCCUUCGACUCGGCGUCAUUCCUAUCCACGCUCUUGGAGCCUGACAGGACGGUUUUGCUGGAGGACACGACGCGCACCUACGCGACUAUGGACGUGGUGGAGCGGUGUGACGUGUACGAUCCGCGUGUGCCGAACGUCACGUCAUCGCCGCGACCCACGACGGGGGACAGUGCGGCGCAGGCGGAGCUGGACGACGAGUCCGCCGAUGGGGCGACAACGGCACCUGCGUACCCGCUACGUGCCGCGCACGCUCAGGGGCGGCUAUGGUCGCACUUUGUGGGUGCCCAAGAGACGGCGGCGCCGAGGGGCCUGAACGAGGGUGCCGCCGAGCCGCCAGCGUGGUUUGUGCAGCUCUGCAGGGAUUUGUACUUCCGCACCGACAGCGGAGCGGCAGACAAGCGAGUCGCCGACAACUUUGACGUCAUCGCCCAGGCAAGCGAUCCGCUGGCCGACCAGGCGGCAGCUGGGGCGGCGCCGCCACCACUGCCUGCUAGCACCUCUUCUGCCUUCACGCGGGCUCAGCGCGCUGACGACUCUGUGGAGGUGGAUCCGUACGUUUGGCUGCCCUUCGACCUGCUUGACGUGAAGGACUACAACGUGGGGCCGUACGAGUUUCCGCCCGCCGCGACAUACACGGUGGAGCAGCAGGUGAAGCUGUGCCUUGGGCAGCGGCACAAGGAGUACGUGCACUUCUGCAACACCUACUGCUUCCCUGAGCGCUGGCAGAUGCCGACCUCGAUAGGCACGCAGCCGGCGCGACUGCUGGUCGACCCGUCGUGUCCCACGCCGGUGGUCUUUCUACAGCUCUCUCAUGACUUUCCGCCUGCGAUGUGGCUGCCCAUGAAGCCCUCCGUGGCUGCCAUCCGCGGUGUCCUCAGUAGUUUCGCGACCCAGGCUUUCCUGCACCGCGAAGAGCAGCACGCUGUGUUCGCCCACCGGUACGAGGCGGUGAAGCGGAUCAUGGAGUUGCAGCAGCUGCCCACCACGCAGGAGGGCGAUGUGCUGCGCUUCAUGGCGUACGAGGCACGUAACACCCCGUACCUCGAUGCCCCGCUGCGCGAGUACCCGAACCAGCAGGAGUUUUUUCUCGGUGAGUACGACGACCCGGAGCGGCUGCUCGAGCACUUCGACCUCUGCCCAUUCGUCUUCGCCAUCUCUCAUCUCCGUACAGUGACGGACCUACACGCCGAGCACAUGACGCCGACGAUCGAGGGGGCCGGCGUAGCGCCGUCCCUCUUCCGCUGCAUCUUCUCGAAGGCCCUGAUCCAGAUCUCCGUGCACCUCUCGGCGGAGGUGAAGCUGCCACCGCAGGACCCAGAGGCGUUCCACUUUAUGUGGAAGGACUCCCAGGUGGUGCCCAAGAUGAAGAUCCCCGUCUUCGCGCGAGUGUCGUGGCCGGAGAACCGCAACCUCUGCGGCGGUGGCCUUCUGGCGCGCCGCUUCAACAAGCUCUUCAGCACCGAGUUCGCCUCUGAUACGCCGGUGGACGCUAUCCUCAGUGUUUACUACGUGAUGCAGUGGGCGCAGCGGGCGCAGGACCUGCUGGGUGUGCGUGGCAUGCGGCAGCGCGUGGCGGAGCUGGAGGCUGCGGCUCACCUUCCCGAGCCGGCGAAGCUGUACCCCGGCACCCGCGAGAUCCCCAACCCGGAAUACACGGCCCAGGAGCGGCUGGGAAUGCACAUCCAGUACUUGAGCCACCUGGGCGAUCCGCAGGUGCUGGAGACCAUCCAGGCGCUGCUGCCGACGGCGCCCGCGCCGGUGCGGAUGGGCUGCGCCAAGGCGGCACUGAUUGCCGGAGACCGGGAACUCUUUCGCCGCAUCGUCUCCAGCGAGCCGCCGGGCCGAAUGCAGCACUACAUGACGAAGCUUGUUGUGAAGCGAAAGACGCGUGACCUUGUCGACCCAGAGCCGCGCCUGCUGGAGGAUCAGUAUGAAUUUGCCGCCCCGCUGUGGACGAAGCGGGGGACGCGCAUUGACCGCAACACGCUGGAGGGUGCUGUAGAUGCAGCUCGGCUGCUGCGGUAG